ACAAACAGUUUACUUGACUCUCUCUAGUAAAGAUCUACAAAUAAGACAACUUCGAAAUGGGCUACUCUAUGCUAGUUCUUGCUGCUCUAUGCUCCGUAGCAUUUUGUCAAAGCUGCAAUUUUACAAACCCAGCAAAAAACAUUAAUUGGUUGAAGGUUAGAAACGGACCAUGGAAAUGGGCAGCUUACACGGAUGACGAAUUCACACAACCUCUCUUAUGUUCCGAUGUUUCAAUUGAAUCACAAGAUGAUCUCGCCUUCAUAGACAUGCAAUACGGAGCCAUGAGACAUCAAAUUUACACACUGCGGGGACAACGUAUUGGCACAGGAGAAUACAUUCUUGAUGACUUCAGUCAAUCGUGGAGAAGCAUUGUAAAAUACACAGUCAAAGGAUCAGAACGAACAAAACUUCUUAACAGCGAAACCGAGGAGCCAAAGAAAGACCAUGCUGUUUUCUAUACUGACUACAGAAACUACUUUAUCGCAGCUAUUUGCAUGCCGAACGGACGAGUUUCAGUGAGCGCUUUCACCAUGCACAGAAGAGUAACGCCAUAUUUGUUCAGUCGAAUCCAGGAUGUUCUGGCUGACAACAACGUCGACCAGGCUGUAAUUCGAGUUAACUGCAAACAGAUCAAGAAACAAAAGAAUCGUCCUUCAUUGAAAUAGAUCUAGAAAUCAAAUUUAUUUUUAUAGCUAUAUCCUUUCCUAUAAUGAAUUGGUAAAAAAAUAAUUAAAAAAAAGUUAUGCGAGGCAAAUCUUUAGCAAAUACCUCGAUUUACAAUGAAUCAGGGCAUGAUCAUAUGAUUUCAACAUAAAAUAAAUAAAUUAUAUGAUUUUUGUACAGUGUCGAAAGAGAUCAACUUUUUUGUAUUCGCUAUUGUUGAUAUUUUUAUUAGUUCGCUAUGCUCAAUGUCUUCAAUAUAUUGUGAUAAAGUUGAAAUAUAUCAUAUUGAUACAUAACAA